AUGAAGUGGCUCAAAUCGAGUUUCGGCUGUCUGACCAUGUGCUCUUUGUCCGUUCACUGGGCAUGGGUAGCAACAUGCACAUUUUUUCUUAAAGUGUCAUAUCCCACACUCCGGUCGGGACGCUUUGUUCAGAAAUCAGACGGUGUGAGAAUACUCAAAUGCCUCCUGUCUGGUCUUAGCUUCCCCUCUACUCGGGCCGUGCCAUCAACCCUCCUGGUCCUUCCGUCGUCCUUAAGUGCUUCUCGUACCGCUCAUGCCGACAUCUUCGCUGAUAGUGUCUCUUAA